UAACUGAUCCGACCGGAAUGAUAUUUACUAAUGUUACAUCCAUGCAGCCUUUAAUGCUCAUUGUUCCUGAUGUUCAUGACGUUUAUACACCCCUUCAAACAGACAUAAUUGUUCAACUUACUGAGUGCCGCCAAGGUUUGGAGCAGUUGCUAGAGAAUAUCCCAAGCAUGUUCGAUAACAAUAAAGUUGCUGAGUCUGCAUUUGGUGCGGCUAUCAAGGCUGGGUUCCUGGCACUGAAACCCACAGGUGGAAAACUUCUUGUGUUUCAGUCAGUUUUGCCAUCAGUUGGUAUUGGGUCUCUUUCUGCCAGGGAGGCCGAGGGAAGAACAAAUGUUUCUGCUGGUGACAAGGAAGCUCAUAAGUUUCUCCAACCAGCAGACAAGACAUUGAAAACAAUGGCCAUAGAGUUUGCCGAAUACCAGGUUUGUGUGGAUAUAUUCAUCACUACCCAGACUUUUGUGGACAUUGCAUCCAUUUCUGUUGUUCCAACAACUACAGGGGGGCAGGUAUAUUAUUAUUAUCCAUUUUCUGCUCUUUCUGAUCCUGGUAAACUCUACAACGAUCUUAGAUGGAACAUCAGUAGACCCCAAGGUUUUGAAGCAGUGAUGCGUGUUAGAUGUAGCCAGGGUCUUCAAGUUCAAGAGUAUUCUGGAAACUUUUGUAAGCGUAUUCCCACUGAUAUUGAUCUUCCUGCGAUUGACAGCGACAAAACCAUCAUGGUCACAUUUAAACAUGAUGAUAAGUUCCAGGAGAAUUCAGAAUGUUCCUUUCAGUGUGCACUUCUUUACACUACUGUGUAUGGGCAAAGAAGAAUUCGAGUUAUGAAUAUCUCCCUUCCUUGCACUACCAUGCUCAGUAGUCUGUUCCGUUCAGCAGAUUUGGAUACUCAGUUUGCUUGUUUUCUCAAGCAAGCUGCAAGUAUGCUCCCUGUGAGCCCUCUUUCCCAAGUACAUGAGCAAAUCACAAACCUCUGCAUCAACAUCCUACAUGCCUACCGAAAAUUUUGUGCCACAGUAUCAUCAGCAGGACAGCUAAUUCUUCCUGAAGCUCUCAAGCUGUUGCCUCUAUAUACUCUAGCAUUGGCUAAAAGCAUUGGGUUGCGAAAUGAUGGGCGGUUGGAUGACCGUUCCUAUUGGAUCAGCCAUGUCGCAUCAAUUUCUAUAUCAUUGGCUAUUCCUUUAGUAUAUCCUAGGAUGUUAUCUAUUCAUGACCUUACUACAAAGGAGGAUGAUGGAUCCCUUUUAGCUUUAAAUAUUCCUCUUUCUAGUGAGCACAUAAAUGAUGAUGGAAUUUAUCUUUUGGAAAAUGGUGAAGAUGGGUUAAUUUAUAUUGGAAACAUGGUCAACCCAGAUACCCUACAACAGAUAUUUGGAGUUUCUUCUGUGGAUGGACUUCCAUCUCAGCUUGUUUUAGAGCAGUUCGACAAUGAAUUGUCAAAGAAACUAAAUGAUGUAGUGAAUGAGAUUAGACAGCAGAGAUGUUCAUACCUACGUUUGCGGCUAUGCAAAAAGGGUGAUCCUUCAGGCAUGCAUUUUCUAUCUUAUAUGGUUGAAGACAAAAGUCCCGGAGGCCUCUCCUAUGUUGAGUUCCUUGUACAUGUCCACCGACAAAUCCAAACAAAAAUGUCUUGAUCCAGAUAUGCAUGUGCAGAAAAUUUUGGUUGUUAUUUGGCUUUUUUUUGGUUUUGUGGAACUUAAACUAAAGUUGAAGAUGGGUUACCAACAGGAGCAUUGGAUGCUUCUGUGCACUAGCUGAGUGCUGUUGCCGCUGAUUCACCUUUCUCGUGAGCCAGAGCAGGUGACAGUUUUCAAUUUUAACUACUGUUAUUACUGGGAGGUAGACCAAACAGAUUAGUUAUAGGUGCAAUAUUUGGCUGUUGUCUGAGGCCCCUUAUUCGAGAUUUAUUUUGAUUUGGUUUAGACUGGGGGUGGGGGGGUGGGGUUGUAUGAUAUUGAAGCUGAUGUUUGGGGUCUCUAUAAUAAAAGAAAGGUUAAUUACCCCAUCAGAUAUUUUCUUGGGUGAUUAUAUUGUUGGGUUAACAAGUAAACGUCAGGUUUUCUUCUGUAUCUUCAAUUAUCUCAUAAACUCUUAUCUCUGGAAUCAGUCUUAAGGUUACCAUAUUUAAGCAAGCUUGUCAUUCAUGAGUCAGAUUGUGCCUAAUCAGGUAGACCUUUUACGUCUACAGUUGACUA